AAUGUGUGUGUGUGAGAGAGAGAGAAACAGACAGACAGAGACAGAGAGAGACGGGCAUGUGGCGCAAUGGGUGGGAGAACGUAGAGUGAAUUAUACUUAAUCUGAGCACCCUAUUGAAAAGAAAAAUGAUAAGAUUUGUUCUCUGGAUAUUACUCUUUCUCAAAAGUGAUCUGAUUGAUGCUGUAAAUGUGACGGGAAGAGAGGGAAGGAAAGUAACUUUACCGACUGGACUUACUGAACUACGUAGCGGCAUUAUUAUAGCAUGGUCUUUCCCAUUGAAUCGUUCAGAUUCAUUUGAUAACAUAGCUCUGCUGAAUGCUGGUGUAAUUAAAACGGACUAUAGUAGGAAGUUCAAAGACAGACUGAAGCUGGAUACUCAGACUGGAUCUCUCACCAUCAGAAACCUCACCAUCAACGACUCUGGACUUUAUAAAAUACUUAUCAUCGAUACACAGAGUUCAUCUAAGAUUGUAAAUCUAACUGUCUAUGCCUCAGUGUCUGCUCCUCAAAUCAGUCGCUCAGUGGACAGUCCAUUUGAAAAAGUGAGCUGUUCAUUGGUGUGCACUGUGAAGAACGGGAGAGAGGUAAUCUUGUCCUGGUACAGAGGAGAGGAGAUAUUCAACCAGACCAGCAGCCCUGACCUUCUCACUAAUCUCUCUCUCCCUCUGGAGUUUAACAAAAUAAACGCUGACACCUACAGCUGUGAGGCUUCCAACCAUGCUGACUCAAAACAAACUCCACUCAACAUUGAAAUGCUCUGCCCUCAUUUGUCCUCCCGCUCUGCCGUCAAAGAAUCUGGACCCAUCGCACUGGUCACAUUGUUAGCAGUUGGGAUAAUAAGUGGUGGUAUAUUCUGGGCAGUUAAAAUAAGAACAUGUGGCGCCUGCAAGCAAAGUGAAGAACCCCAACAUUAUGCUGAUGUGAACUUUCAGAGAUUGGUUGGGGAUAUACCGGUAUCUGGCACCGGAGGAGUCUGUUCACCAGAGGAGUCUGUUUUUUACGCAGAUGUCAGAAUCUCACCUUCUGUUCAGACAGGACUGGAUUCAAUCACUCCUCUCUCAAAGCUGUGACCUUGGCGUGGUUUAGAGGCUUGUGUGUCUCAAUGACCCUGAGAGCUACGCCGGAGGGGGCUUUGGCCCCUGGUAGGUUUAGCCAUUCCGGAUUGGUCUCCGGUGAGGGGCCAGACCAACGACAGCAUUGGUCCUACAUGUUUCACGUUGGCAUGGUGCUAUAGGUCGGCAACCAUACCACUCUGACAAUGUUACAUGCUGUGUGUACAGUUGAAGUCUGAAGUUUACAUACACUUACGUUGUAGUCAUUAAAACUAAUUUUUCAACCACUCCACAAAUGUAUUGUUAACAAACUAUAGUUUGGGCAAGUCGGUUUGGACAUCUACUUUGUGCAUGACACAAAUAGUUUUUCCAACAACUGUUUACAGAUAGAUUAUUUCACUUAUAAUUCACUGUAAAACAAUUCCAGUGGGUCAGAAGUUUACAUACACAAAGUUGACUAUGACUUUAAACAGUUUGUUGAAAUGUUGAAAAUUAUGUCAUGGCUUUAGAAGCUUCUGAUAGGCUAAUUGACAUCAUUUGAGUCAAUUGGAGGUGUACCUGUGGAUGUAUUUCAAGGCCUACCUUCAAACUCAGUGCCUCUUUGCUUGACAUCAUGGGAAAAUCAAAAGAAAUCAGCCAAGACCUCAGAAAAAUAAUUGUGGACCUCCACAAGUCUGGUUCAUUCUUAUAAGCAAUUUACAAAUGCCUAAAGGUACCACGUUCAUCUGUACAAACAAUAGUACGCAAGUAUAAACACCAUAGGACCCUGCAGCCGUCAUACAGCUCAGGAAGGAGAUGCGUUCUGUCUCCUAGAGAUGAACAUACUUUGGUGUUAAAAUUGCAAAUCAAUCCCAGAACAACAGCAAAGGACCAUGUGAAGAUGCUGAAGGAAACAGGUCAAAAGUAUCUUUAUCCACAGUAAAACGAGUCCUAUAUUGACAUAACCUGAAAGGCCGCUCCGCAAGGAAGAAGCCACUGCUCCAAAACUGCCAUUAAAAAGCCAGACGGUUUGCAACUGCACAUGGGGACAAAUAUCGUACUUUUUGGAGAAAUGUCCUCUGGUCUGAUGAAACAAAAAUAGAACUGUUUGGCCAUAAUGACCAUCGUUAUGUUUGGAGAAAAAAGGGGGAGGCUUGCAAGCCGAAGAACACCAUCCCAACCGUGAAGAAUGAGGGUGGCAGCAUCAUGUUGUGGGGGUGCUUUGCUGUAGGAGGGACUGGUGCACUUCACAAAAUAGAUGGCAUCAUGAGGCAGGAAAAUGAUGUGGAUACAUUGAAGCAACAUCUCAAGAAAUCAGUCAGGAAGUUAAAGCUUGGUCGCAAAUAGGUCUUCCAAAUGGACAAUGACCCCAAGCAUACCUCCAAAGUUGUGACAAAACGGCUUAAGGACAACAAAGUCAAGGUAUUGGAGUGGCCAUCACAAAUCCCUGACCUCAAUCCUAUAGAAAAUGUGUGGGUAGAACUGAAAAAGCGUGUACGAGCAAGGAGGCCUACAAACAUGACUCAGUUACACCAGCUCUGUCAGGACGAAUGAGACAAAAUUCACCCAAUUUAUUGUGGGAAGCUAGUCGAAGGCUACCCGAAACAUUUGAACCAAGUUAAACAAUUUAAAGGCAAUGCUACCAAAUACCAAUUGAGUGUAUGUAAACUUCUGACCCACUGGGAAUGUGAUAAAAAUUUAUAAAAGCUGAAAUAAAUAAUUUUAUCUACUAUUAUUCUGACAUUUCACAUUCUUAAAAUAAAGUGGUGAUCCUAACUGACCUAAGACAGGGCAUUGUUACUUGGAUUAAAUGUCAAGAAUUGUGAAAAACUGAGUUCAAAUGUAUUUGGCUAAGGUGUAUGUAAACUUCCGACUUCACUGUAUAUUCCUGCAUUGUCAGAUUAGUACGUAACGCAUCAUCCAUCUGAUCCACAUAGUCGCGUAUUCCUUCUUUCUGUAUCUGUAUAGUUACUAAUUUUACAAAUUUUACAAUCUAAACAAUAUAUUCACAACUGUGGUUAAGAAUCCCUCAAUUUCAUCAUCUGCUGUCGCCGGGUCACAAGCUUCGCUUCCGGAGGACCAAGACGACAUUCGAUAUCCCUGUGUCAGUGUUGGUAACAUGGCCCGUGGCAAAAGCGAGUGUACAACAUGAUUUCAAUCUCCAGCAUGGAACCCCAAAAAAUGAUACCCUGUUUCCUCAGGAAACUGAUACAUUCCUGUCCCCCCUCUACCGGAUCAGGCGCCUCUUUCAUAAUAGUACGCAUCUCGCUCAUGCUCAGUGGCUGAUGGUGAUGCUGAAUUUGGAAUGAAUCUGCUGAUAGGCAAGCAACUAGUAGCCUAUGAUGGCUAGUCUACUCCUUUACUGUCCAAGAUCCUUAUAUGUUAUGUUCAGAGUUACACCAACUCUUACAACCAGAGUUAGUUUACUAUGGAAAUAUGGCCUUGGGAUCCUUUUUGUUUUUUAAAAUGAUUUCUUAAUGAAUUUAAAGUAAAGUUUCAAACGUUUCCAAAACCGUAUUCCAACCGAGGAUUAUUAACGUUUAGACAGAGCGUCGUCGAGACCGCUGUACAAUUGUAACACCUGAAUCUUCGUAGGUCUUUCUGAAAACACAUCGAUCUAGAAGUCUUACAUUGACAACACAUGCAUUGAUCUUGAAAUAUUGAUGACGAUUCAGAGAGUAGGAUAAGCCAUCUUCAGAUAAGCCUUCCCUUAGCUACAAAAAAUAUUUUAGUGCAGUGGGAAUGUAUACAUUGCAGUUAUUACAAUCCUACUGCAAUACAACAUCCGAAAGAACACAGUUAUGCCCCGUUUACAUCGUGACGCAUUUAACGACACCAUACGCCAUCUUCAUGCAAUCUUGUUCCGCUACUAGAUGGAGAGCUCAGGGAGGGUUUCACAAAACGGAAGACAAAAUAUAGGAGAACCUAGUCUCUCGUCAGGGAUCGCAUUUAUUUUGGGAGAUUGCAAAAUAUGACAUUUUCAUUCAAGACUGUGGAAACAUAUUGUUUUAGUUGAUAAUAAAACAUGUUUGGUUUAGUUA